CCACGCCACCACCUCUCCAGUGUCCACUCCGCCCACCUCGAAUACUUCCGAAGCUUCCAGACUUCCCCAAGGCGAAGCGGCGAUGAGUUCCUCCGGAGGCGGCGGCCGCGGGAAGGCCAAGCCGGCGACCAAGUCGGUGUCGAGGUCGUCCAAGGCCGGGCUCCAGUUCCCCGUCGGCCGCAUCGCGCGGUACCUCAAGGCUGGCAAGUAUGCGGAGCGCGUCGGCGCCGGCGCCCCCGUGUACCUCUCCGCCGUCCUCGAGUACCUCGCGGCCGAGGUGCUGGAGCUGGCCGGGAACGCGGCGCGCGACAACAAGAAGAACCGGAUCGUGCCGCGGCACAUCCAGCUCGCGGUGCGGAACGACGAGGAGCUGAGCAAGCUGCUGGGCACCGUGACGAUCGCUGCCGGCGGCGUGAUGCCCAACAUCCACCAGACGCUGCUGCCCAAGAAGGCUGGCAACAAGGGGGACAUCGGCUCCGCCUCCCAGGAGUUUUGAUUGCGCCGCGCCGGUGGAAGAAGAGAGGCCGUCCGUGUCUAGUCCUCGUGAUGGCGUGAAGUUUCUCGCAAUUUGAGAUGUUUGGGGAACUAGGAUUGAUCGAAUUUUGCGCGAUGUACAAACGCAGUGCGUUGGGUCAUGAAUGAAUGAAUACAAGAGAAUUUUACCA